AUGCCAUUCUCGAUACCAUUCUUGAUCAGACUCGGCCACCUUCUGUUGAUUCCCUUCCUUGACUUUCGCAUCUAUUACCCUUCUAACCUUGGCGAAAACAACAACAACAACAAUAUGGGCGACAUAGAAUCAUUCAACUUCCCAUACGACGAGCUUUUACAGCAUCUGACUACGAGCGAGAAAAUCAGCCUUUUAUCAGGUUCCGACUUUUGGCAUACGCAAGGUAUUCCGCGACUAUCCAUUCCUAAACUUCGCAUGUCGGACGGUCCCAACGGAGUCAGAGGCACAAAGUUCUUCAACAGCGUCCCCGGAGCUUGUCUUCCUUGCGGUACUGGACUGGCAGCCACAUGGAGCCAUGACCUGAUGCGCGAGGCCGGAGACCUUAUUGCAAGGGGAUGCCAUGCUAAGAGUGCCCAUGUAUGGCUUGGCCCAACAACCAACAUUCAAAGGAGCCCACUAGGCGGCCGCGGUUUCGAAUCCUUUUCCGAAGACCCUUUGCUCGGUGGAAGCCUGGCGAGCACGCUCAUCUCCAAUGUCCAGAAGAACGGCAUAGCUUGUUCUCUAAAGCACUUUGUCGCAAAUGAUAUGGAACACGAACGAACGCUUGUAGACUGCAGGAUCAGUCCCCGAGCCUUGCGAGAGAUUUAUCUCCUCCCCUUCCAGAUCGCCAUUCGAGACGCCGACCCUUGGGCCCUCAUGACAGCGUAUAACAAAGUCAACGGACAGCACAUGAGUGAGCACCAAGAGAUACUGCAAGAGAUAGUGAGGAAUGAAUGGGGCUACCGAGGGUGCAUCAUGAGCGAUUGGUUUGGAACAUACUCGACAGCUGCAGCUAUCAAUAACGGGUUGGAUCUUGAAAUGCCAGGCCCAACAGAGCAGAGGGGUAAACGGGUCGCGACAGCACUUGGAGUUGGCAAGAUCAAGAGCAGCACCAUUGACGAAAGAGUAGCCUCGGUCCUCAAGCUCGUUGAUCGCGCGAGGGCAUCUGGCAUUCCCGAAGGUGGCCCCGAAUCAUGUCUUGAUACGGACCAAGACCGUAGCGUGUUGAGGAGGUUAGCGACGGAAAGUGUUGUUCUCCUCAAGAAUGACGACCAUGUGUUGCCUUUCCGUGCCGACAAGAAGGCAGGUCUCCCCUUUUAUUUCUUACUCCUCUGA